AUGGCAGAUGAAGAGCUAAAGAAGGCGUUCCAAGAUUUGCAAUUCAAAACGAAUGAGACCAAGGCAUUAAUAGCUCAAGGCGAAAUCACCAAGAAGUUGAACGCUCAGAAACAGAGAAUGUCUGAGUUAUCAGCUGCAAGUAUCGCAGAAGUCCCCACAGAUCUUUCUGUAUACCGCAGUGUUGGUCGAAUGUUUCUUUUGACUACUAGAGAUUCGGAAAUCGAGCGGCAUAAUAAGGAAGCGCUUGAUUAUAAGUAA